AUGUUCUCUAUCAUCCCCACCUCUCACCCAGCCCUUUUCAUUGAGCCCAUCCACGUCGUUUAUGGGUUGAUUGUUUACGUCGUGUAUCUAAUCAUACAUAGGCUCAUUCUAUGGCCCUAUUUCCUCUCCCCGCUUAGGAACCUGCCAGGUCCACCGUUAGGCAAUCCUAUCUGGGGCCAGUCUCCCUAUAUCAUACGUAGCGAAACAGGCAUUCCUCAGCGGGAAUGGGUCAAGCAGCAUGGUCCGAUCGUUCGAGUCGUAGGACCAGUGGGUAUUGAGCGUCUUAUCUUUAUGAAUCCAGAGGCGCUGCACCAGAUUCUUGUCAAGGACUGGUUGGAUUACCCCAGACCUGCCUUCUUGAAAAAUAUUCUUGGCUUGGUAACUGGUUAUGGACUAUUGACCGUUACCGGCAAUGAUCAUAAGCAAAUGCGCAAGGCUAUGAACCCUGCCUUUUCAAUUCCUAACCUCAUGGCUCAAACAUCUAUGUACUUUGAACCUAUUGAUGGUUUGAUCGAGAUUAUCAAGAACGAAAUUGAUAACACGAGUUUUCCUGAGAAAGGAAAGGAAAUACAUGUCUAUGAUUGGAUGAGCAAAGUAACUCUGGACAUUAUAUGCGAAACUGCUUUUGGAUAUAAAGCGGAUUCGCUUCAUAACCCCCACAACGAACUUGCAGAAGCAUACGAACUUCUUCUCAGCUUACAAUCCGGUCCAAAUCUUGCCAAAUUUAUUCUCCUGGUUUCUCUUCCUGGUGGCACCCGGUUCCUUGCCUCAGAAUGGGCCUACUAUCACCGGCGUUGGCUAGAGAAGAUUCCUUUUCUAUCUUCAGCAAGUAAACUGGUCGAUGCCAUGCAUCGCAUCAGGAAGCUUUCUGCGCAAAUGCUUCAAGAGAAAAUGAAGGAUUCGAUACUGAUUGACACUGACAUUAGCGCAAAGAGAGACAUCAUGAGCAUUCUUGUUCGCGCACGAAAGGUGGAAAUGGAUGGAGGUAAAGGGGACUUUGCUAUGAGUGACCGAGCAAUGAUGGACCAAGUACUCACAUUUCUUGGCGCUGGCCACGAAACUACUGCAUCUGGUCUAACAUGGACCUUGUGGCAUCUCUCCAAUAACAUUGAAUGCCAACAGCGUCUCCGUGAAGAGCUCGCUCCUAUAUUUGCUAAUAAUGCACGACCAGAUUAUCGUACUUUAAAGGAUCUCCAAUGGCUCGAUUGCGUUAUUAUGGAAAGUCUUCGCGUUAUGCCACCCGUCCCAUUGACGGCUCGCGUAGCCGCCAAAACAGAUUACAUUGACGGCGUGCUUGUACCGAAAGGCACUUUAUUCUGGAUACCGAUACGAAUCGUUAACACUUGGAAAAAGAUAUGGGGCGAAGACGCCGAACAAUUUAAUCCAGCAAGAUGGCUCCAGUUGCCUAAAAACUAUCACCCCACAUAUUCCAUGCUUUCUUUCAUUGCCGGUCCACAUGCCUGUAUUGGCAAGACCAUGGCUAUCAUUGAGAUGAAAGCUGUGCUAUCUGCUUUGAUCGUUAACUUUGAAUUCGAGCCAGCAUAUGCGGGGCAGGUAGCUAAGCCUGCGGCUGCGAUCACCAUCAAACCUACUGAUGGGAUGCCCCUUAGAGUAAAGAAGAUUUCUAAACUAUAA